AUGGACUGUAUAGUCCAUGGUGUCACAAAGAGUCAGACACAACUGGGCGACUUUCACUUUUCACUUUUGUUUAUGACUCUUUCUCUGCAUCCCUUUAGAAUUUUCUUUUUAGCUUCUGCCAUCUUAAUUAUGAUAUAUGUUGGCAUGGAUCUCUUUGGAUUCAUCUUUUCUGGGGCCCUCUAUACUUCUUCUACCUGGAUAUCCGUUUCCUUCUUCAGGUUCAGGAUGUUUUCACCCAUAAUUUCACCAAAUACAUUUUUGACCCUUUUCUGUCUCUUCUUCUUUUGGGAUCUCUGUUAUGUAAAUGUUGGUACAAUUGAUGUCGUCCCAGAGGUCCCUUAA